AUGCCGUCAAGCAUCUUGUGGAAUCACCGCCUUUUGGCUACUCUUUCAUGGCAAGAAAUAGACGAUCUGAUGCUCACAACCCGCGAGCGGUGGCUUUUGGAAGGUGACUGCAGCCUCGACGACUUAGAAUACCGCAUAAGGCGCGAUCGUGAAAGCGAGCUGCUACGAUACCGCUCGCGCAACGGACUCCUCGAUGUGGACCAAGUGGAGCCGACGUUGUUUCGACAACAAUUCCGCUUCGAGAAACGAGAUCUGCGUGAACUUGUUCGUCUGCUGCUGAUCCCCGACAAAAUAUGCAGUGCUCAAAAAGUGACGGUGGUUGGCCGUGAUGCACUGUGCCUUUUGCUCCGGCGGCUCGCCUAUCCAAACAGAUGGUGUGACCUGCAAGAAAUCUUUGGGUUGCACACGUCAGUUAUGUCAAGCGUGAGCUCGCAAGUGGUAACGCACAUAACGGCAACGUUCGGACACUUGUUGGAGGACAUGAACAACCACUCCUGGCUGUCUUCAGAAUGCCUGAGGGAUUUCGCAGAUGCUGUGAGAAGAAAAGGUGCAACACUGGACAACUGCUGGGCGUUCAUUGAUGGCACUGCCCGCGCAAUAUGCCGCCCGAAACGGAACCAAGAGGCCUAUUUUUCGGGCCACAAAAGGGUACACUGUGUGAAAUAUCAGUCCCUAAUGUGCCCAAAUGGCAUUGUAUGCCAAUUAGAUGGGCACUACCCGGGACGACGGCAUGAUGCAGGUUAG